AUGCCCACAAAGGCUCAUGUUCUAAGUGUCCAGCAUCUUUUCCAGGAUGAGUGCAUCGCAAUCCUUCGGGAAGGACAAUCUGGUGAGGAAGCCAGCCACUGGGCCCGGACCCUGGGGGAUGUGGGCCCUGUCCCCAGCACUGUGACCCCCGGGCCUAUCUGCUGCUCAUGUCGGGUGGAACCCAGAGACCACCUGCCCAUACCUAGGGCAGAUGCUGGGCUUCCCGACUGGGUCCCGCUGUCCCUGAGGCCCUGGACACAGACAGGCCAAGUCUGCACCUCCGGGACCCCCAGAGCCAGGACCCCCAGGACCUGUAGCUGCCCGUGCCACCGCUUUGGGGGCCACCUUCCGGUCCCUCGAGACCAGGCAGUGAUGCCCUACUGGGUACCCCAGUGCCUGCGGGCCCCAAAGAUGGUGAGAGAAAGGGGGCCCCCCCAGCUUCCUUCUCUCCAUUACCCACAAGUCCAGUUAGCCAGCCCGUGUGGACUCCUGAGGUGUCCUGCCUGCAUCGUAGCUGGCUCCUAUGUCCCGUGUCCUGCGGCCACUAUGCUGACCGAGCCUGCCUUUGUGUCUCAGGCUGAGGGGGAGCAGCCGAGCGAUGACGACUUCGAAGGAGACGACCUGGACGAGGAUGUCUGGUACGGGCACUGGCGGGUGUGCUGUGACCCAGCCCAGCUGCUCCAGUGGCAGCUGCUGCAGGCCCUGUGGGCCCCGGAGGCCGAGAGCAGGGCCGGCCCCGACCCCAGCCUGCUGCCCUUCCUGUCGCUGGGCCUCAGUCUGCUGGGCCUCUUGCAGGCCAUCAUGAGCGUCCUGGCCGCCUUCCGAGUGAGGGCUGUCCCCUCCAUGCCCCCCAGCACCCGGCAGGUCCACUGGACAAGAGCCAAUGAGGUUCCAGCCCGGUUCUCCAUAAACAGCACGAAAUCAUACAUGAACUGA